GCAAUACAACAGAAAAACGACGAUACUAUGCACCCGACGAAGGCUGCUUGAUUGGAGGUGGACGACAGAAUUGGCGCGUGAAAUUUACGUUUUCUGCUGCAACUCACCUGCUUACUUCACUGAAAGAAUCCAUAAUGACAGAAGGGGUACUUACGGUUCGGGAGAGAGACCUUAUGUACCGACUUAUUAUCAGUCAGAUGCUUCACGAUGGCUUCCAUGAGAUAGCCGGCCAACUCAGUAGGGCAGUGUAUGCUUUCCCUGACUGUCCACCAUCAAACAGAUUACAGCAUGUUGUUCAGCUGGGACUCAGAGCUGAGCCAGACCGAGAGGCUCAAGUUCAGCUGGUUGAUUCUGUUGCUCCAGGAACUGGCAUUGAUUUGGAAUUUGAUACUGAUGUUCAAACUUUAGCUCCAGAAGCAGCACAUUAUGAGACCUGCUAUGUGACGUCCCACAAAGCCCCUUGUAGAGUAGCUGCAUGGAGUAAAGAUGGUCAGUUAGUUGCUACUGGAUCAGAUGAUGCUUCUAUCAAGAUACUUGACGUUGAGAGAAUGCUUGCAAAAAGUGCAACCAAUGUUCCAGAGUCCCAACACAGUGUUGACAGCCAUCCAGUGAUUAGGACAUUGUAUGAUCAUAUUGAGGAUGUGACAGCCCUUGAUUUCCACCCAAGUUUGCCACUUCUGGCUUCUGGCAGCAAGGAUUUCACAAUCAAGUUCUUUGAUUUCUCUAAAUCUGGGGUGAAACGAGCUUUCCGUAGUCUGCAAGAAGCUGAAGAAAUCUCAUGUUUGAACUUCCAUCCUGGAGGAAAUUUCCUCCUAGUUGGAACACAGCAUCCAACAUUGAGACUGUAUGAUGUAACAACGCUACAGUGUUAUGUAUCCUCUAAUCCUAAAGAUCAACACACAGGACCGAUCACAGCGGUAACGUACAGCCCCAAUGCUACCAUCUAUGCCACUGCCAGCCAAGACGGUAGCAUCAAAAUAUGGGAUGGUGUCAGUAAUCGUUGUGUCAACACCUUAGAAAAAGCACAUGGUGGCACCGAUGUCUGCUCUGUACAAUUCUCAAGAAACUCCAAGUACCUUCUGUCUAGUGGUAAAGACUCUCUUGUCAAGUUGUGGGAGGUCUCAACAAGCCGUGUAUUAAUCACCUAUACAGGUGCUAGCACAGAUAAACAAGUGCAUGAAACACGAGCUGUCUUCAACCACACAGAGGACUAUGUGCUAUUCCCAGAUGAGAAGACUACCAGUUUGUGCUGUUGGGAUUCAAGAAAUGCAGAGAGAAAUAAACUUCUGUCUCUUGGUCAUAACAACAUUGUGAGAUGCAUUGUGCAUUCGCCAACCAGUCCAGGGUUUAUGACGUGUAGUGAUGACUUCAGAGCUCGUUUCUGGUAUUACAGACCAAGUAGUGACUGAGUUUGUUCAUUUAUCCUAGUUACAUGAAUGUGUCGUCGGUUAAGUGAUAAUCCUCUCAAAAUGUAGAAGAAAUUGUCAAUGAUUUGGUGCUUGUGGCGUUAGGAUUGUUUAGGAGCUUGAAAAAAUUGUUUAAGUUAUCUGAACAAAAGUAUGAAAUGGGUUUCUUUUAUAUGCCACUAAAUGUUAUCCUCACAUAAGUUCCAACUGGUUCUUGCUCUAAACAUACUUACAGUUUGUGUCACGUCAGACAACUGGUAUUUGAGGGCUAGUGUGUAAAUGGAUUGAAAACAUCUCAACACUUACAACUGCCACUUGUAUGUACACAUAUUGAAGUUUGUAAGAGAUUUAUGUGCUUUGUGCUUGACUUUGUUUCUGAAAUUUACCUGGCUUGCAACCAGAACCAUGAAUGCAGAUACAAGGUCACAAAUGUUAUACUUAUAAUCUUCACACAUAACUCUGUUCACUUUUAACUUGAAAGUUAUUUGCCAUUCAUUUUAAAACAAGAGAAAGCUUUGCUUAUCUCCAUGUACAGUAUUUUUUUCUUUUUAUUUAGUGUAACUACUUCAGGGGCCUGUGGGCAGUCAUCAGUUAAGGUUUCCUUGAGUUGCUAGCCCGGAAAAUAAGAACCAUAGAAAAGAGCAGGUGUCAUUGGGUUUCCAAUCAAUGUUAUUGCAGCAUUGCAAUAAAAACUAACAUCCACCGAUAAAAACACUACAAGUUCAAACACGCACAAAUUACAUCAAAGAAGCUAUACAAAAUAAAAACAUGCAUGUCUGUAGGAAGGUAUCAAAAGUAAAAAGGCAUGAUCAAAAAUUACAUUUCAUAGGAAAAAACUUCACAAUUUUAAAAUGUUUUUUGUUUGGUCACAGGUAUUUCUUCAAAGAGUUACUGAGCAAUUAAUUAUUUUUUGACAUCGUGAUAAUUUCUUUUCUUGUACAUGAAGCAGCAAGUUGUAAGGACACAAAAGAGGUCUCUUCAUAAAACUUAUGUGAGGAUAGAUUCAGUUAUAAACUUUAUGAAAAAGAAGUUUAGUAACUACAUGUACCUUAUUUUUGGCAACAUGUUUUUUAAUUCACUAGAAUUUGUACGUUUCACAAGUUCUCAUUCAGAAAAUUAAUUGGUUAUUAUUAAAGCACUACAAAUAUGAUGGUUGAGAA